GCACCCUGACAAAAACAAGGAUCCAGGAGCAGAGGAUAAAUUCAUCCAAAUCAGCAAAGCCUACGAGAUUCUCUCCAACGAGGAAAAGAGGGCAAACUUUGACCGCUAUGGAGAUGCUGGGGAAAGCCAAGGGUUCUCUCAGCAGCAGCAUCGCCAGUUCCAUCGCUUCCACGACGGCUUCUACUUCGACGAGUCCUUCUUCCACUUCCCCUUCAACUCGGAGAGACGCGACGCCUCCGACGAGAAGUAUUUGCUCCACUUUUCCCAUUACAUCAAUGAAAUCGUGCCAGAUAGCUUCAAGAAACCUUACCUCAUUAAAAUCACCUCUGACUGGUGCUUCAGCUGCAUCCACAUCGAGCCUGUGUGGAAGGAAGUCGCUCAGGAAUUGGAGGCACUGGGAGCGGGAAUCGGCGUCGUGCACGCAGGGUACGAGCGGCGCCUCGCCCAUCACCUGGGUGCCCACAGCACUCCCACCCUGCUGGGGCUCAUCAACGGCAAGAUAACCUUCUUCCACAGCGCUGUUGUGCGGGAAAACCUGCGGCAGUUUGUGGAGAACCUUCUGCCAGGGAAUCUCGUGGAAAAGAUUACAGAUAAAAACUACGUUCGCUUUCUCUCCGACUGGAAGAAAGACAACAAGCCCCAUGUCCUGCUGUUUGAUCACAUGCCAGUUGUGCCAUUAUUAUACAAGCUGAUUGCCUUUGCCUACCGAGAUUACCUGUCCUUUGGCUAUGUGUACGUGGGACUCAGAGGCACUGAAGAGUUGUCCAGUCAGUACAACAUCAACGUCUACACUCCCACCAUGAUGAUCUUCAAGGAGCACAUCGACCGACCUGCUGAUGUUGUGCAGGCACGAGAGAUGAAGAAGCAGCUGAUUGAUGACUUCCUUUCCCAGAAUAAGUUCCUCAUGGUGGCCAGACUCACCAGCCAGAGGCUGUUCCAGGAGCUGUGUCCUGUCAAGAAGUCUCACCGUCAGCGAAAGCACUGUGUGAUCUUGCUCACUGGGGAAGGAGAGAAGUUUGCUGAGGCUUAUGAGGCCUUUCUGGCUUUUGCUGUGGCCAACACCAAAGACACACUCAAGUUUGUGUACGUCUAUAACGAUCGGCAGCCGGAAUUUGCAGACGCCUUGCUGAUGGAUCGGGGAAAAUCAGGGGUGGUCAUUCUGGAGAGACGCAAUAACGCAGGGAAGAUCGUCUACAAAGCCUUGGAGGAGCCCUGGCAAGGCAGCAAGGAGGACAACUUCAUCCUCCUGGAUCUUCUGGACCAGCUGAGGACAGAUCCAGGCCUGCUCUCCUCAGAGACUGUCGUGGCUGACCUGAACGAUGAGCUCGCUCCUGUGUUCCUUAUCCGAUGGUUCUACUCCACACUGGACUACAUUUCGGACUGCUGGGACAGUUUGUUUCACAGUAACUGGCGAGAAAUGAUGCCACUGCUGUCCUUGCUCUUCUCCGCACUCUUCAUUCUCUUUGGCACCGUCAUCGUUCAGGCUUUCAGUGAUUCAAGUGACACAAGGGACUCUCAGCCCUCUGAGAAGGAAGAAACCGCCGCAAAGACGGAGAAGAACGACGCGAGCUUCAGCAAAGAGAGUAACAGGAUUCCCAAAAAGGGCUUUGUCGAGGUGACUGAGCUAACAGACAUCAACUACACCAGUAACCUGGUGCGCCUGAGGCCAGGGCACAUGAAUGUCGUCUUGAUCCUGUCCAACUCCACCAAAACUCCUCUGCUCCAGAAGUUUGCCCUGGAAGUCUACACGUUCACAGGGAGCAGCUCUCUUCAUUUCUCCUUCCUCAGCCUGGACAAGCACCGAGAGUGGCUGGAGUACCUGCUGGAGUUUGCCCAGGAUGCAGCCCCCAUCCCAAACCAGUACGACAAGCAUUUCCUGGAGCGCGACUACACGGGCUACGUCCUGGCCCUGAACGGCCACAAGAAAUAUUUCUGCCUCUUUAAGCCUCACAGAGCAGGGGACGAGGGGGGAACCCUGGGGUCAUGUGAGGAUUAUGAUGCCUCGCUACACGCAGAAGCCAGAGGGAAACCCUCCUGCAGCCCAGGAUCUAGAUCCAUUAAAAACAAAUUACACAAAUUGUCCUUUUGGAUGGAACGCCUUCUAGAGGGUUCCUUACAGAGGUUCUAUAUCCCCUCGUGGCCCGCGCUAGACUGA